AUGCAGCAAAAGCGGCAACAAGAAGAUUGUUGUAAACAAAAGGAGCAAUCUGGGGUGUUGACAGAGUGGAAGAAAUUAGAUAAUUUGCAGAAAACUCAGAAUACAGCACGCAGAGAAGCUUACCAUGAGGCCAUGCACUUGUGGAAGGAGGAAAGUAAUCUUGCAAAACAGGAGCAAAGGCAGGUGGGGUGGGCAAAGCUGAAGCUAGGAAAGCUGGAGUCACAGGCUCCAAAACCAGGACCUGUGCAAGGUAAAGGUGAUGAGACAAGCAAGGGUAAUGGGGAGGUUACUGGCAGUGAGGAUGAGCAAAGUGAUGAGAACAUUGAUGGCAUGGAGAGUGAUGGUGAGAGCGCAGAGGAGUAA